AUGCAGAACAUCCGCCUAGGCCGCGUGCUCAUCGACGGCAGAAGCUCGAUCAACCUCCUCUUCACUGACGCACUAGACGCCUUGCAGAUUCUGAGAAGCUCAUUGAGGCCAUCCCCACCUUUCUUCAGGAUCACUCUGGGCACCUCGGCCAAGCCGCUGGGGCAAAUCGAGUUGCCCAUCACGUUCGGCAAGCUAGACAACUUCAGGACCGAAAUAGUCCUUUUCGAUGUGGCUAACUUCGGGAUCGCGCAUAACGCGAUCCUAUUCCGACCAGUGAUGGCCCAAUUUAUGGACAUUACCCACUACGCAUACCAAGUGAUCAAAGUCCCUGUGCCAACAGGGGCCAUCACAACUACUAGCAGCGCUAAGACAACCCUGCACUGCGAUAAGGUGAGCCUAGACAUGGUCAAACUGACUCCCGGGUCGCAUCCCUUAACCACAGAACCCAGCGGACGGCCGGAGAAAGUCCAUACCAUCGCCUGCCUCGAUGAUCGGCUCAAGGCAGUGAGCCUGGACGACACCAACCCAACCAGGUCGGUCUAG